GCAGAGUAGCUGUCUCCACAGUCCUUACCACCCACCAUCCUUUGUCAACAACUUCAUCAAGGACGAACUUUCAAGAAUGUAUUGCGGUCGCAUUACCUUCCCGAUCCGCGACACCGAAUAAAGCCAUCCUCAGCGAGGCGCAAACGCGCAGCUGCAGCUCCUGAAAGCAUGUUCAACUUCACUCCUCUGCUUGGCGCGCAGUCCAGCUCGCCGGCGUCGCAGUCCUUACUUGAAUUUGAUGGGGGAAUCAAGAUACUCAUUGAUGUAGGAUGGGAUGAGAGCUUUGACGUGGAGAAGUUGAAGGAGCUUGAAAGACAAGUGCCUACCCUCUCUGUCAUCCUGCUCACACAUGCAACCACUGCCCAUCUCGCCGCAUUUGCACAUUGCUGCAAAAACUUCCCAUUAUUCACCAGGAUACCGGUCUACGCCACCCUACCCGUCAUCUCCCUUGGUCGUACACUGCUGCAAGACUUGUACGCAUCCACGCCUCUGGCCUCAUCAAUCAUCCCCAAAAACGCUCUCUCCGAAUCGGCAUACUCCUUCCCAUCAUUCCGAGAUGGAAACAAUCCGAACAUCCUUCUACAAGGGCCAACCCCCGACGAAACUGCUGGAUACUUCUCUUUGAUCCAUCCACUGAAGUAUUCGCAGCCACACCAACCUCUGCCUUCUCCCUUUUCACCCCCUCUCGGCGGACUCACAAUCACGGCAUACAGUGCUGGUCAUACUUUAGGGGGAACAAUCUGGCACAUUCAGCAUGGGUUGGAGUCGAUCGUGUACGCUGUCGACUGGAAUCAAGCCCGAGAGCAUGUCUUGUCUGGGGCCGCAUGGCUGGGAGGUGCUGGACUUGGUGGAUCUGAGGUCCUCGAACAGUUGCGACGACCGACGGCAAUGAUAUGCAGCAGCAGAGGCUCUGGAACUAUUGCGCUAGCAGGAGGACGUAAAAAACGAGACGAUACUCUGCUUUCGAUGAUCAAAGAUACCGUCGCGAAUGGGGGCACUGUAUUGAUACCCUCCGAUUCCAGUGCUCGUGUUCUGGAACUAGCCUAUCUCUUGGAAGAUGCAUGGCAGGCGGAAGUCGAGAGUGGCGACGGCAGCAGCCCUUUAAGGAGGGCUAAGCUCUAUCUAGCUAGUCGGACCAGUGGCGCAACCAUGAGAUACGCCCGAAGUAUGUUGGAGUGGAUGGAGGAGGGCAUUGUGAGAGAAUUCGAGACCGCCAGUGGCGCCCAGGAAGGGCAGGGUCAUAAGCGGAACAGAAGUCAGCAAGGCGGACCAUCUGGAGGCACUAACGAGCAGAAAAUCAAAAAGGCUCCCUUUGACUUUCAACAUCUCAAGCUUCUGGAACGCAAAUCACAGGUCAAUCGUCUACUUUCAGCCGAUGGCCCACGUGUUAUCCUUGCCAGCGACACAUCUCUCGACUGGGGUUUUUCAAAGGAAGCCCUCAAGAGCAUUGCAACGGACAAUCGCAAUCUCAUCAUUUUGACUGAACGCGUUGGCAAAGCGUCAAACGACAGCAAAGGGCUCGGUAGAAUCCUUUGGGAAAUAUGGGAUGAGCAGAAACCGUCCGCAGUAGACGCAGAGGUAGACUCUAGCGCGACUGCAGUCGUUGAUGCCUCCGGAAAUGAGAUCGUAUUUCGAACAGUCGAUACAGUUCCUCUUGUUGGCAGCGAGAUACCUCUAUAUCAACAGUAUCUUGCCAGACAGCGGCAACUACAGAAUACCAUGCAAGGUGACACUAGUACGACCCUUGAGACUUCUGCGGACGCUGUAGACGACCGUUCGUCUUCAACUUCGACGACCUCAGAGGACUCAGAUGUUGAACACCAGGGUAAAGCUUUGAAUACCGCGGCAACCCUAUCUCAUGCUCGACAUAAGCUUGGCCUCAGUGACGCUGAGCUGGGUAUCAACAUUCUCAUCCGGCGGAAAAACGUAUACGACUAUGAGGUACGGGGCAAGAAAGGCCGAGAAAAGAUGUUUCCCUACGUCGCCAAACGAAGGCGAGGUGACGAUUUCGGUGAUCUUAUCCGGCCAGAAGAAUAUCUACGGGCUGAAGAACGCGACGAAGUUGAUGGCGAGGAUAUGCGUGAUGGCGGGAUGAAGAAGGAAAACGCCGUGGGACAGAAACGAAAAUGGGAUGACGUUGGAACGCGAAAUGCCGUGGGCGCGCGUCGCCUGUCAAACGGCAAUGUCAAGAGACGCAGAGCGAAUGACGGCGAUGCUACCAUGGGUGGAAUGGAUGCCGACAACUCCUUGAGAAAUGGUUACGAGGAAGCGGGGAGCGAUUCUUCAGACAGCGAAGAUGAAGCUUUAGCGAAGACGGCGGAGGGCCCCUCUAAGGUAGUUUUCUCGCAACAAACCAUCCGACUGGAUUGUCGAAUCUCGUUCGUGGACUUCUCUGGGCUUCAUGACAAGCGUAGCAUUCAGAUGUUGAUCCCUCUCAUCAAACCACGAAAACUCAUCUUGGUGUCUGGAGAAGCAUCGGAGACAGACGAUCUCGCAGUUGAUUGCCGUCAACUAUUGAAUGCUGGGUCUGGAGAAGCAAUCCAGGGUGGCGUCGACGUCUUCACGCCCCUUGUAGGAAUAACAGUCGAUGCGAGUGUCGACACCAACGCCUGGACAGUCAAGCUUAGCCAAUCAAUGGUUCGCAGGUUACACUGGCAGAAGGUUAAGGGCCUCGGCGUUGUGGCCAUUACAGGGCGACUAGAAGCAGCUUCUCUUGAGAGUAAGCCAGAGCAAGGAGCCAAGAAGAAGCUUAAGACUAUCGAGGGAGAAAGCCAAGAUGCACAAGAUGGAGACGAAUAUGAAGAGGCUAUGGACACUACGCCUGUUCUUGAUGUCGUUCCCGCCAAUAUGGCUGCUGCGACGCGAUCAGUAGCCCAGCCACUUCAUGUAGGCGAUCUAAGGCUAGCCGAUCUCCGUAAGAUAAUGCAGGCUUCCGGUAUGACGGCAGAGUUCAGAGGCGAGGGAACACUGGUCAUCAAUGGCACGGUGGCUGUCAGGAAAAGCGGCACAGGCAAGAUUGAGGUGGACGGCGGUGCUUAUAGUAUGGCCGAUCCGCGGAACAUCGAAGGGGGCACAUUCUUCAAGGUCAAGAGAAAGAUUUAUGAAGGGCUUGCGGUCGUUGCCGGAGGCUGAUUCUUCCCGAAACAUCCUCAUAUUUGUACUCUAUCUCUGUCUUCCUUCUCUACACUGUCAAAUUAUGGGGCUCAGCCGCCAAACGUUGCUAUCAAGCCCUUUCUUCUUGCAGCAUGCAACCGGAUUAUCUUUAUAUCUUCUUUUGACUUCUGCUAGUACCUGACUACCAAACUUCAUCAAAAAGUUCUCUUACAGUGCCUUGCCAUAGACAUCCGUACACUUUCCUGCCACUGUUUGUGGGGCUUCAACGUACUAAUAGAAACCGGGGGCAGCGGAUACACU